ACCUAUAAAUGCCUCUGCUUCUCCCUCUUACCGCAAAGCGAAAUGGAGAGCCGUGUGAAAGUGGCGCGCCACCUGGAGCCAUGGCGGGAACUUACCGGCAAGGUGGCGAUGGUGACCGGAGCGUCGUCGGGGAUCGGCCGAGAGAUCAGCCUCGACUUGGCCAAGGCCGGCUGCAGAGUCAUCGCCGCCGCGCGCCGUGUCGACCGGCUCAAGUCGCUCUGCGACGAGAUCAAUGGAGUCGGUUCCGGCACGCCGCUCCGAGCAGUGGCCAUUGAGCUCGACGUUAGUGCUGAUGGUCCGGCCAUUGAGGCGGCCGUUCAGAGGGCUUGGGAUGCAUUUGGGCGGAUCGACGCACUGAUUAACAAUGCCGGCGUUAGAGGUCGAGUACACACUCCAUUGGAUCUAACAGAGGAAGAGUGGAAUGAUCUCACAAAAACAAACCUAACUGGCACAUGGUUGGUCUCGAAAUAUGUUUGCUUGCGCAUGUGUAACGCUAAGUUUGGAGGAUCUAUCGUCAACAUCUCUUCCAUUUCUGGACUUAACCGUGGGCAGUUGCCAGGAGGCCUUGCCUAUACUACUUCAAAGACUGCUGUUAACGCACUCACAAGGGUGAUGGCACUUGAAUUAGGAACAAACAAGAUAAGAGUGAACUCCAUAUCGCCAGGGCUCUUCAAAUCCGAGAUAACGGAUGGCCUCAUGCAGAAAGAUUGGCUCAAUAAGGUUGCUCUCAGGACUGUACCUUUGAGAACAUUUGGCACGUCAAAUCCUGCACUGACGUCACUUGUACGUUACUUAAUCCACGACUCCUCUGAAUAUAUUUCUGGAAAUACUUACAUAGUUGACGCUGGAAAUACACUGCCUGGUGUGCCUAUCUUCUCCUCUCUUUGAAACAAUAGUUGGUUCUUUUUCUCUCAAAAGGUUAAUUUCCAAUCCCAAGUACCUCCCACACCCGGGCUCAACAUAGCAUUUGAGAGGACAAUAGUUGAUUCUUGUGAAGAGGUUUAGAUGUUACAAUCUCUUAAAGCUUGGUAGUUUAUGGCUUUAUUCAUCUGGCCGGUUAUGCAGAUUAAUAUGUAAUCUUCGAUCCUCCUUUUAUACUAGGGAUAACCUGAAUUUGAUUUGGAUCGAAUUAUGUAAUGUAAAAUUGGAAUUUAUAUGGCACUUGUUAGUUUUA